AAUUAUUUAUCUUGAUCCUUAAGAUAAAGAUAAAUAAGUUUAUUUGUUUUACUAAUUCAAUUAGGUUUAGGAAAACUUGUACUAUAUAUAUGAGUUUUCGAGCAUAAUAAUAAUAGAGUUGAAGUUUUUGAGUUUAACCUAUUCCUUGUGGAAUUAAAGUUUUAGGAGUGAAUCCAAGUUUAAGCAGUGAAUGCAAACCCUAGUUAUUAUCACCCUUGGUUAGGAGUUGAUAAUUUCAUAUCAUUGAAAUUCUUGUGCGUGAGGCAUAGGUUUUUCUAAUCAAAUUCAUUAAAGAAAACAUAAAAAAACUAAUCUUUCUAAUCAAGAACAAAGUAUAGCCUUCAAUUUCACAUCAAUUGGUGUGGCUGCUGGGAUCUCAAAGGUGCUUCAUUGGAAUUGGAAGGUUAUAGAUUGCGCAAGAUGACUGAACCUACGAUCACUCUUGCGUCCCUAGCUAAGCAGAUUGCGGACCUUAUGGAGAUGAAUGUCAUGGUGCACGCAGAUAUGGCUGAGGUAAGGCGUGAUGUGGUAGAUUUAAGGAGUAAUAGAAGGGAUACCUCUCCACCUAGUAUAGGAAAUCGAAGGAGGGAGGAUGAGCUCAAACUUUCGGACUUGCCUUCCUUUGAUGGUGAUGAAGAUGCCGAGGCUUAUUUGGAUUGGGAAAGGAGAUUGGAACGUCUCUUCAACCACAAACAAUUGGAGGAACACUCUCGUUUCUCAUAUGCCACGUUAAAGCUUACAAAGUAUGCAUCACUAUGGUUUGAUUCACUUCAAGCUAGGCGUGAAUCUGAAGGAAAGGAACCACUUGACUCAUGGGCCGAAUUGAAGAACAAGAUGAAGAAAAGGUUUGUGCCACGAAACCACAAACAAGAUUUGAUCUUAAGGCUAAAUUCACUCAUACAAGGAGCCAUGACUGUCGAAAAAUACAUCAAAGAAUUUGAGCGUCUUUACAUAGCUUGUGAUUGUAGGGAUCAAGAAGAACAAAAAAUCGCCAAAUUUGUGCUUGGAUUGAAUAGGAACUUACGCAACUAUGUGGAGUUGCAACCACUCACAACGUUUGAUGAAGUAUGUUCCUUGGCAUGUAAGCUUGAGAGACAACAUAAAGGCUCGGCCUUUGGGAUGUUCAAGCAAGGUAAAGGUGAGAUGGAGAUGAGUAGUGCAGCUAAGGAGGCCGUGAGUGCCAAGAUAACAACACAAGAGGUUGUGGAGGCUAUGAAGGGAACUCUUCCUCUUGGUGCAUCUAAGGAGUCGGCUGUGAAGAAGAUGGUGUGCUUUAAGUGCCAAGGGUUGGGACAUGUAGCUAGAAACUGCCCUAAUCGAACCAUGGUAACAAGGGAGGAUUACUAUAGUUUCCUUAUCCAAAGUAGGAUGGAAGAAAGUGAGCCACAACAUGAGGAACCACACGACAUAGGGGACAUGACUAGUGAAGAGUUUUGGACCAAGCAAGCCAAGUGUAGUCCAGAAGAGGCGCAUGAAGUGUUGGUAGUAAGGAGAUCUUUGUUGGUUGAAUUGCAAGAUGAACAAGAAGAUGAGCAAAGACAAAGUCUUUUCCUUUCGACAUGCUUAAUAAAGGAUCAAGCUUGCUCUUUUAUCAUUGAUAGUGGAUCAUGUACUAAUGCUUGUUCUCUAACUAUGGUGGAAAAGCUACAAUUACUUACAAGAAAACACCCUAACUCUUAUAAACUUAGCUGGUUGAAUGAUGAAGGUGGUGUGUGGGUAAGAAAACAAGCAUUGGUUAGCUUCAAGGUAGGGGAGUAUCAUGAUGAGUUAUGGUGUGAUGCUAUUCCUAUGACAGCUUGUUCAUUGUUGCUUGGUAGGCCAUGGCAAAGUGAUAGGUUUGUUCUUCACAAUGGCAAAACAAAUGAGUAUUCGGUUCUUAUGGGUAAUAGGCGCUUACUACUUGAGCCUUUGCCUCCAAAGAAGCAUGCUGCCACGCAAGGAAAGGAGAAAGGGAAGCAAGAGGGAGCUCAUAUGUGCGUGAGUUUGUGCCAUAAAGAAGUCUUGAAAACCGCAAGCAAUAAGAAGGAAAAACGGCAACAAGUGCUACAAUUACGUCAAGGCUCUAAGUUGGAGUUAGGAGAUAAGGUGUGGUUGUCCCUUGCAGCUCAAAGACUCCAUAUGAAUCACAAAAAUGACGAGCCUAUGGAUGAAGGUCCAUUUGAAAUUGUUGAAAAAGUUGGCUAUGAAACUUUCAAGGUGUUGCUAGGAGGUGGCAUAUGUGCAACAUUGCCUUCAUGUGACUUGGUACCAUGCUUUCCAGAUUAAAACUUGAGACAAGUUUUUUUUCUACAGGGGGAGUAUGAUAUAAUAGAAUAAUAAUAUUAUGUAGUAUUCUAGUUCUGUUAGAAUUCUAUGUAAUUUAGGGUUUUAUUUAAGUAAAUGUUUAAAUGAUAAAGGAAUCCUAUUAUGAGUAGGAGUCUAAUUCCUUAUCAUUGAGUCUUAAUACUUAGUCUUUAUUUUGCAUUAGGCGUGUGAUUAAGUAGUAAUUAUCUUAGGUUUAGGCGUGUGCUUAAGUUAUCUUUAUUAGGAAGAUAUCUUUUAUCUUUAAGCUUUCCUAGUUCUAGUAGGUUUAGGAAAAUCUUGUAUUAUAAAAGGGAUUUUCGGCCAUUUGAAUAAAGUAGAGAAGUUUUUGAGUUUAACCUAUUCCUUGUGGAAUUAACGUUUUAGGAGUGAAUCCAAGUUUAAGCAGUGAAUGCAAACCCUAGUUAUUAUCACCCUUGGUUAGGAGUUGAUAAUUUCAUAUCAUUGAAAUUCUUGUGCGUGAGGCAUAGGUUUUUCGAACAUACUUCUUGAAUUAAAAUUCAAGAUUCAUUAAAGAAAACAUAAAAAAAACUAAUCUUUCUAAUCAAGAACUAAGUAUAGCCUUCAAUUUCA